UUUUAUUGAAGCGGAAUACUACUUGAAUAUGAAAACACGUAAAAUGCGUGUGAACCAACAGACGCACAGCGAUCGAAACGCAGAAGAGCAGUCACAUGUCAGCCCGUUCAAGGUCGUGGAGGCGAAACGGCGCGAGUCUCCCAAGAUCUUAGAAGCUUUAACUCAAAUGAGCCAGAGUAUAACUGUUCCUGUGACUUUUAUACGUUCAUUCAAGUACCGUACAACGUGUUAUUUGCCUUUGUCGAACAUUCCUCAGUCGGCGACUGUAAAAGACCUUUUCGAUCGCAUACAUCAUGAAGUAAAAAUCUCUUCGGUUAUACCUCCUCCUUUCAAGAACCUUUGUUACGAUGCGCUGAAAGUUCGCCACAAAGCUUUUAACACAAAGGUAAGAUUUAUGUCUUAUAAUACUCUCUUUACCAGUCUGGAGAACUGUUAAUUGAUUUAGAAGGUGAUCCUAUUCCGAGCAAUUCAGACUUAACUCUAGAAUCUCUUGGAAUAGUGAAUGAAACUGAAGUGGCAGUGUUCAAAAUGAGCGAUUUUCUGGCUCAACGCGAUAAUCCAGAAUUCCUGUGGUGAGAAACGAUGAUGUUACUAUGAAGCAACUAUUUGUAUAUAUAAUAUACUCCUUGAUUCGACCAUAACUUUCUACUGCUAGUGUGUCUGGUACUGUUACUCCUGAAGAUAUACUUUUGAUUAUGAAGAUGAUAUCUAGUGGUUACGUGCUCUUAUGCUACAAAGUGAGAAUGAUAUCUUAGCAGAUUAAUUUCAGGAUAUCUUUUUCAGUAUCAUAAGAAGUACAAUAUCAAUGAUACACUAGAAUAUUGGGAGUUUAUGGAAUACAUCGGUGGGUUAGAUCUUCAUUGUUUACUAGUCGGAAGUCCUUGUGGUGAUUACUCAAUUAUCUUAAAAUGGGGUUAUAAACCAUUUAAGAAUUACUUGCUUUAAAUACUUUAAUUCACAUAUAACAGUACUUAGGUGUUGUAAUGCUGAUAAAAUAAAUGGCAGUGUGAAGGGUCAUGGGUAGCUCUAAAAAGGUACGACCUUUAUGGUCGUAUUUUUUAAGAACGUAUUUAGCAAUGAUAUACCUCACCCAUAUUAUCUCAACGCAGCACACGGAAAUCAUAAUAUAACUUUACUUUAUCAUCGCUAGGUCUUAGAAUCAUCAUUGAUAAAUCACUUGUUGAGGUUUAAUAAAGUUAUGAUACACAAUGUUCAGAGAAAUUACACUAUCACAUAAGAAAACUUAUGGAAGUAUCACUUUAAAGAAUAAUUCUGCAGUGUGAUUGUGGAAAAAUAUGUAAAUAAUUCUAAAUGAUAUAGGUUGACUAGGAUAAAAAAAAAUGUUCCAGUAAACAGGUCCUUAAAUAAAACGAUCCGGAUAGAGUCACU